UAAAGUUAUCUCGACCGGGUUGUCUUUAGUCCAGUAAGCUUCAAGGGCGGGUUAGACGGUCUUCUGGUUGGACCAGUGUUGAAUUGAGAAUAUGUGUGACUCCGUUACCGGCUGUUAGCGGUGUGCGGGGCUUAUUUCCACACUAGAGGCGCCGCCUUUGCUCUGAACACAUACACGCGCCAUCAGGUGCCAGAUACACACACUCUUCCGAUUGAGUGUACGCGUAAAGACAAAUCAGCGAAGAUCACCCAGGACUUUUCCAGACAUCGAGUUGGAUUUAUACCGCAGAUUGGUCUAUGUGACAACAUGAUGGAUGCAUGAGGGCGCGCGAGAUCAAUACACCCAAUUAAUCAAUACCCUCUCCGCGCACGUGAAGAUCAGCUCCGCUGGAUGUUUAUGACCGCAUCUCUAUCACCAGGUGGCUUUUCAAGAGCGUGUUUUCAAGCGCGUGUCUCCUGUUGGCGUAAAUGUGCGCAUAAGGUGUUUUGAGAGCCACAAAACAAAAGCGCAGAGCGACAAUGCGCGUGCGGGAUUAGUUUAAACUUUGGUUUGCUGCGGAAUCGUCGGGAUUUGGACUCUAAACUCGCGUCGCUGUACAGAAGAGACUACGUAGAUCUCAGAUGGGAGCGGAUCUGGAUUGAAUUGCAGUUUAUUUCCCUUAAAGAAGAAGGGGACAUUCCAGCCGGAGGAGAUUACAAGUGUUUCCUUUGCAAAGAUUAUUUGUUCUGACUCCUCUUCUUUUUGGAUUUAAAAGUCCUGCGCCUGCUCUGGUGCAGUUGUCGCGCAGGAGGGAUUCUGUGUGUUUUAUCAGAACUUGAGGAAACAGCGGUGAUGUUUGUGUUGAAAUCAGUGGUGCUCUGUGCGUUGCUCUGCGGGGCUGGAGCCCAGUCGUGCCCGUCCCAGUGCUCCUGCAGCGGGACAGCGGUGGACUGCCACGGCCAGAGUCUGCGGAGCGUGCCGCGGAACAUUCCCCGCAACGUUGAGCGACUGGACCUGAAUGCAAACAAUCUGACUAAAAUCACUAAGGCAGAUUUUGCGGGACUGAAGAACCUUCGAGUUCUGCAGUUAAUGGAGAACAAGAUCAGUUCAAUUGAAAGAGGGGCAUUUCAGGAUCUACAAGAGCUGGAAAGACUGCGUCUCAACAGGAAUAAUCUUCAGGUUCUUCCGGAGUUGCUGUUUCUGGGCACGACCAAACUCUUCAGACUGGACCUGAGUGAAAAUCAAAUCCAGGGGAUUCCCAGAAAAGCCUUCAGAGGAUCUACAGAGAUCAAAAACCUGCAGCUGGACUAUAAUCAGAUUUCCUGCAUUGAAGAUGGAGCGUUCAGAGCUCUGCGGGACUUAGAAGUACUCACACUGAACAACAACAAUAUCUCUCGUUUGUCAGUGGCCAGUUUUAACCACAUGCCCAAGCUCAGGACAUUUCGCCUGCACUCUAAUAAUCUGCUAUGUGAUUGCAAUGUGGCCUGGCUCUCUGAUUGGCUGAGACAGAGGCCCCGCCUUGGCCUCUACACACAGUGUAUGGCUCCACCCUCCCUUAGGGGCCACAACAUCGCAGAGGUUCAGAAGAAAGAGUUUAUGUGUACAGACUUCAGUGAAGGGCCCCAGUCACACUCAUCCUGUAGUGUGCUGCAGUGUCCUGAGCUCUGCACCUGCAGUAAUAAUGUAGUGGACUGCCGGGGGAAAGGACUUACUGAAAUACCCACCAACCUGCCAGAAACUAUCACUGAGAUUCGACUGGAGCAAAACUCCAUCAAGAUUAUUCCAGCAGGAGCUUUUGCACCUUACAAGCGACUCCGAAGAAUAGAUCUAAGUAAUAAUCAAAUAACUGAAUUGGCUUCAGACUCCUUUCAAGGUCUCCGUUCUUUAAACUCUCUGGUUUUAUAUGGGAAUAAAAUCACUGAACUUCCCAAAGGCCUUUUUGAUGGACUGUUCUCAUUGCAGCUACUAUUGCUGAAUGCGAACAAGAUCAAUUGUUUGCGUGUAGAUUCUUUCCAAGACCUGCAGAAUCUGAAUCUUCUGUCGCUUUAUGACAACAAACUUCAGACCAUCGCAAAGGGAACUUUCUCUUCUCUCAGAGCUAUCCAAACCCUUCAUCUGGCCCAGAACCCCUUCAUGUGUGACUGCCAUUUGAAGUGGUUAGCAGAUUACCUGCAAGACAACCCUAUUGAGACCAGUGGAGCUCGGUGCACCAGUCCCCGGCGCCUUGCUAACAAACGUAUUGGCCAGAUCAAGAGCAAAAAGUUCCGCUGUUCAGCUAAAGAGCAAUAUUUUAUACCAGGGAUUCAUCAUAUCAAUAAGUGCGUAGAAGACUACCGCUCAAAACUAGGUGGGGAUUGCUUUGCUGAUUUGGCCUGUCCAGAGAAAUGUCGAUGUGAAGGAACCACAGUGGACUGCUCUGGACAAAAGCUCACCAAGAUCCCAGACCACAUCCCUCAGUAUACAGCAGAACUCCGCUUGAAUAAUAAUGAAUUCACAGUGCUGGAGGCUACAGGAAUCUUCAAGAAGCUUCCUCAGUUGCGCAAAAUCAAUCUUAGCAACAAUAAGAUCACAGAUAUCGAAGAAGGCACAUUUGAAGGGGCCAGUGGAGUAAAUGAACUCAUACUGACCAGCAAUCGCUUGGAGGGGGUUCACUACAGCAUGCUGAAAGGCCUCGGUGGUCUCCGCACACUGAUGUUGAGGAGUAACAGGAUAAGCUGUGUCAAUAACGGCAGUUUUACCGGUCUGAGCUCUGUGAGGUUGCUUUCCCUCUAUGAUAACCUGAUCACCUCCAUGUCCCCAGGAGCCUUUGACACACUACAUUCGCUCUCCACAUUGAACUUGUUGGCCAAUCCGUUUAACUGUAACUGCCAUCUGGCCUGGCUUGGUGAAUGGCUCCGCAAGAAACGGAUUGUCACAGGCAACCCCCGCUGUCAGAGCCCCUACUUUCUCAAGGAGAUCCCUAUUCAAGAUGUAGCUGUACAAGACUUUGCCUGUGAAGAAGGUAACGAUGAGAAUAGCUGUUCACCACUGGCUCGCUGUCCUGCCGAGUGUUCGUGUUUGGAUACAGUGGUUCGUUGCAGUAAUAAAGGACUCAAGGUUUUGCCUAAGGGCAUUCCUAGAGACGUUACAGAGCUCUAUCUCGAUGGCAACGAGUUCACACAAGUCCCUCUGGAACUAUCCAAUUAUAAACACCUCACUCUCAUUGAUUUGAGUAAUAACCAGAUCAGCACAUUGUCCAACCACAGCUUCAGUAACAUGUCCGAGCUGCUCACACUAAUUUUAAGCUACAACAGAUUAAGGUGUAUUCCUGCAAAAGCGUUCGACGGCCUCAAGUCUCUGCGCUUGUUGUCUCUCCAUGGUAAUGAUAUUGCUGUGAUCCCAGAUGGAGCUUUCAAAGAUCUGUCCUCACUCUCUCACCUGGCUCUGGGCGCAAACCCCCUGUACUGUGACUGUCACAUGCAGUGGCUCUCUGACUGGGUAAAGAGUGGAUACAAGGAGCCUGGCAUCGCCCGCUGUACCGGUCCUGGAGACAUGACUGACAAACUGCUGCUCACUACACCCUCUAAGAAAUUCACAUGCACAGAGGUGCCGGGGACUUGUGGUUUUCCUGUGCCAGGUCCAGUGGAUGUAAGCAUUUUGGCUAAAUGUAACCCUUGCUUGUCCAAUCCCUGCAAGAAUGAUGGGACCUGCAGUAACCAUCCUGUAGAUUUUUACAGAUGCACCUGCCCGUAUGGUUUUAAGGGUCAAGACUGUGAGGAACCAAUUCAUGCAUGCAUCAGUAACCCCUGUCAGAAUGGAGGAACCUGUCAUCUGAAGGAUGGAGAGGAAAACACUCACUGGUGUGUGUGUCCAGAAGGAUUUGAGGGUGAUGAAUGUGAGAUAAACAUUGACGACUGUGAGGAUAAUGACUGUGAGAAUAACUCUACAUGCGUGGACGGUAUCAACAACUAUACCUGUCUCUGCUCACCUGAAUACACAGCCGCUAAUAAUAAUGAAGUGGAGAAAGGGGAGCUGUGUGAAGAUAAGCUGGAUUUUUGUGCUUCAGAGCUUAACCUGUGUCAGCAUGACUCCAAAUGUAUUCUGACUGCUAAAGGCUUCAUGUGUGAAUGCACUCCAGGUUAUACCGGUGAGCACUGUGAGGUGGAUUUUGAUGAUUGUGAAGAUAAUAAGUGUAAAAACGGGGCUCAGUGUAUUGAUGCUGUGAACGGCUACACGUGUGUGUGUCCAGAAGGCUACAGUGGGUUGUUCUGCGAGUUUUCUCCUCCGAUGGUCCUGCCAAGAACAAGUCCAUGCGAUCACUACGACUGUGCCAACGGUGCACAGUGUGUUGUGAAGGACACGGACCCCGUGUGUCAGUGUCUGCCAGGUUAUGAGGGUGUGCACUGUGAAAGACUGGUCAGCGUCAACUUCAUCAACAGAGAAUCCUUCCUGCAAAUCCCCUCCAACCUCAUUACAGAACAGGCCAAUAUAUCUCUGCAGAUCGCCACAGAUGAGGAUAAUGGAGUGUUGCUGUACAAAGGAGAUAAUGAACACAUUGCUGUGGAGCUUUACAGAGGCCGACUGAGAGUCAGUUAUGACUCUGGAUCAUAUCCUCCAUCUGCAAUCUACAGUGUCGAGACAAUAAAUGAUGGCAGCUUUCAUGUAGUGGAGCUGGUGGCAAAGGAUCAGUCUCUGUCACUGUCCAUUGAUGGAGGAAGCCCGAAAUCCAUCAACACUGCCAAUAGCCCCAGCCCAGUGCCCAGCCCGGCCCCGCUUUAUCUUGGUGGUCUUCCUCAGCAGUCUGGAUUGGCCUCGUUGCGUCAGGGCUCUGGCAGGAAUGGCUCUAGUUUCCAUGGCUGCAUCCGAAAUCUCUACAUUAAUGACCAACUCCAGGAUCUCACCCAGUUUUUGCUGCAGGAGGGUGUUGUGCCCGGAUGCCAGCCAUGCCAGCGGAGCAUGUGUGCUCAUGGCCAGUGCCAUGCCACUGGACAGUCCUCUUUCAGCUGUGAGUGUGAGGCGGGAUGGACUGGCCCGCUCUGUGACCAGCAGGUCAACAACCCAUGUGACGGGAACAAGUGUAUCCAUGGCUCGUGUAUGGCCAUAAACUCAUACUCGUACAGCUGCCGUUGUCUUCCAGGCUUUGCAGGUGUGCUGUGUGAUGAAGAGGAGCAGCUCAGCCCCUGUCAGUAUAUAGCAUGCAAAUACGGCCGAUGUCGUGUGUCUGGACUGGGCAAAGCCUAUUGUGAGUGCAACAGCGGCUACACGGGGCAAAGCUGCGACAGAGCUGCUACUGAAAGCGGUAUGGACCCCACUCAGGUCCGCCAGAGAUGGCGUGUCGGGGGGAACGGGUCCGAGAUCACUAUCAGACGCAGCAGGGCUACGCCGCGUGCCAGAGCACAGAGAAGGUCUCGCGUUUAGAGUGUCGGGGCAGCUGUGGGGACGGGACCUCCUGCUGCGCCCCGCUCCGCAGCAAACGCAGGAAAUACACCUUCCAAUGCACAGACGGGUCCUCUUUUGUACAGGAGGUGGAAAAGGUUGUCAAGUGUGGCUGCACAAAAUGUCCAUCCUAAAACAACAACAACAAAAAUACAUCCUCACCCUCCCCUUGUUUGAAGUCCCCUGUUUUGUUUUUGUCAGUGUUGGACUAAUGUUUUUUUCCUUCAAAGGAGAUAAUGGAUUACUGUAAGAUAAAGAACCUAUUUUUUAUUAUGAAGCUGAGAAAAAAGGACAAAAAAUAGAUUUUAGAGGUUUUUUAUUUGCCAUCUUAGGUACUGUGACGUUUUCAUUACCUUUUUUUUUUUUUUUGGGCAAAAUCACCUCAAAUAAGAAUGGAAAGCAAACACACCCUGACGACAUGUUUCUUUUUUGUGUGUGUCAUUCUAUGUGCCAUUCUUUUUUUGUGAUUUUCUGGACUGCCGUAACUCAUUUCACCUGGACUUUGUGAAGGUGAGAUAAAGUAUCAUUAUGGAGGCUGCAAGGGGAUUCACUGAGAGCGGAGGAUUCCCAUCUUACUUCCUUACACCACACAAACACACUAUCAUAGCUGCUUUCUCUUACACACACACACCAUCCCUACUAAGUAUACACCCAUGGUCUCUUCCAGCAUGCACACACACAUACACACACACACACACACACACACACUCUUUUCUGAUCCGCAUUAUAAACCAUGUGUAUUUAUUGUAUCAAAAAUACUGUCACAUUACUUAUACUCAGUAUAGCCCUUGGUUCCCUGGAGUUACAGUUGGAAUUUCUUAAUAUAUAUUAAUUUAUAUUCGUCCUCUUACCGAUUUAAAUCACUCAUAGCUUAUUGAGUAGAAAACUAACGUUGUGUCUCCUUCGGUUGGUUGGUUUGACCAAUGGGACUGUUGUAUUUACAGUGAAAAAAGCAAAAAAAUACAUAAAAAAGAAAAUUCUAAAAAAAAAAAAAAAGUUAAUAAAUAAAUAACUUAGUGGUGUUCUGAAUCUUCAAAUGUGAAGUGAAAACAUUGUAUAUUUUUGUCAAAUCUCCUAAAAUUUGUAUGGUGACACAGACGUGCUUUAUAUUAGAGUUUAAAUGUAUAGUUAAAAUCUCCCCUUGUAUUCUGUAUAGAGCACAUGCCCUAGUUAAAAAAAUAAUAAUAAUAAUGAAAAUAACAGUAGCGUCCAUAGCUGUCAAUAAAGCUCUUUUUAAAAUAUCCUCCUUGCAAAUCCUUUUUAACGAAACAAAUAGAAAGAAAAACUGUGACUUUUUUUCUAAAUGAUACUACUUUGUUACCACUCUGUCUCCCCCAUGUUAACAUGUUGCUGCUAAAUUGGUAUUGUAGACUUUGGAUGAUGAUGCUGAUGUUUAUUGUAGAGGACGUUGCUCAUUCAUUGAGCAAAUUGUUUUACUGAUCAAUGAAUAAAGAUGUCCCCUCCCUUUA